CGCUCGUUAUAUAUCGGUUAAUCGGUUGUGUUUUGGUUGUCAAAAUUAUAUUCGUAGCGAUGUAAAAUAAAUAAAGUUAUUGUGACAUUUCAAACGGUUUAAAAUAUAAUUUAUAAAUGUGUGUUAUGUCACUUGAGUGUUGUUUAUGUGGAUGAAGAUUCUUAAAAGAUAUAAUGGGAUUGAGGGUAUUGCUUCAAAUGUUAUGGAUCGCUUGUGUGCUCGGAGAAAUCGACAUAAGAUUCACCAAACAUCCCGAGUCAGUAUCAGCCCCUGUCGGCGACGAGGUGAGCUUCGAGUGCGCGGUGCGGGUGCCAGGGGAGAGGCUCGCGUGGCGGUGGAGAUACGACUCUCCCAACUGGACGGACUGGACAGAUCUGAACGGCUUCAACGACAAAGACGGAGUGUCCACACGACUCGUCGUUAAGAUUAAAGAAGAUACGGCCACUACUUACUAUCAGUGCGUCGUUUGGUAUGGAGCGAUUAGUUUGGUGUCAACUCCCGCUCGUCUUUCGGUCGCUAAGUUGGACCUUAGUAGGAAUAGUCCGGAAAAGAGAGUUAUAACAGCACCUUUAUACAACACAGUCGUAAUACAUUGUAGGGAGCCGUCAUCAGAGCCUCCUGCUAGGCUUAGUUGGUGGAAGGAAACUAAGGGCUCCAGAAGAACUAUAGAUUCUCCGUACGGAGUACUUGUGAUAAAAAACGCGACAGCUGAAGACAGUGGAACUUACGGUUGUACAGCGACUAAUGAUAUCAGUGAACAGGUCGUGGACCUCCCAGAGAGAGUCUACCUCAGGGUGCAGCAUGAAGGGAAUGGGGGUUACAGGUUUUUGGAGUCUGAAGACUACGCAGGCACCAUGCAAGAUGGUGUUUUGACAGCUUCAGUUCCAUCUGGUGGUAUUUUUCGUGUGUGGUGUGACGCUGUUGGCAGUCCACCACCACACGUUCGCUGGACUGGCCCCAAUGGUGUCAUUGAAGCGAACCACGAGCUGGUUAUAGAACGCUUUGAUGAGAAAAAUGAGGGUGUGUAUACUUGUUCUGCGAAUGACAUCCGUCGUUCGUGGAAGGUGAUAGCGCUCCGGCCGCCUCAGUGGGAGGGUUCCGCAGCUAGUGUGAACGCUAGCGAGGGUUCCCCGGCCCUCAUAUCCUGCGGAAUCCCACGCGGUCAACCGCCUCCCACCGUACAUUGGAUACAUAACGCUGAACCCAUCAAUACCGGUCCCGGAGUACUAGCCACGGAGACCUCAUUACGUUUGGAUCAUGUUGAGAAGCGACACGCGGGCGUGGUGCAGUGUGCGGCGUGCGGAGGGGGGAGGUGUGCCCUGGACGCUGCCUUACUCAGCGUUGUACCUGUACAGGUUAACGAUCCCGAUUAUUCAUCUGAAGUGACUAAGACAAUGCACGUACCGUCCCAGCAACCGAAGCGACACAACAAAAAGAAUCCCAGGAAGCAUAAAGCUGUAUUAAUUCCACCAUCUCGUCCGAACGUGUCCCGUCUGUCUGACGAGAGCGUUAUGGUAUCGUGGUCCCAUGACAACCACGGGCUUCCCAUACAGUUCUUCAAGGUUCAAUAUAAAGAGGCGACUAAUUCAUCGAACGUCCAAUGGCAGACAGCUAACCACGACAUACCAGCACACAUACACUCGUUUGAAAUAGACGGACUCAUACCAGACAAAUAUUAUAAAUUCAGAAUAGCGGCCGUAUAUUCUAAUCAGGAUAACAAGUUGGGUCGCAGUAGCGGAAGGUUUUUCCUACAGCGAGGAUCGUCGCAGGCUCCGAGGAGACCCGUCUUGGAUAAUGCUGUUGCUCUGUCACCACACAGCAUACAACUGAAUUGGACGAUGCCCCCUGACGGCGUAGCACCGGAGGGCUUCUACGUAUACUACCGCGCGGUGUCUACGGCGGGCGCCUACGAGAAGGUCAUAGCGGGUGGGUCUACGAGGUCUCUCAUGCUGGAACACCUCUCGCCGGACACCGCCUACGAGCUCAAGAUACAAGCAUACAUAUCGAAUGCCCCGAGCGACUUCAGCGCUAUUUUGAACGCCAAGACUCUCCGUGGUCCGGCGCCCCCCUCCCCGGAGCCCGCCCCUCCUCCCGCGAGUCCCCCCCGCGCUCCUAGCGCCCUCGUGACGGCGGGAGGGGCGGGUGCCGCUGUCUUACUGCUGCUGCUCGCCGCCCUUGUGCUGAUGUGCCGACGACGACGACCGGCGACCAAAGAGAAAGGUUCCGUCCCGGAAGGCUCUAACGGGUAUCGCCCCGCCAAAGUUCCUAUCAGCAUCACAACAAAUCCAAUGCAUACUGAGGGAAGCGAGCCCGGGGUGGAGAUGUCGUUCCUUCACAACAACAACUGCGGUAACAAUACCGACGGUGACGAAGCUCACUCCAGGAAGAACGGACCUUCGAGGCAGUACGUGUGAAACGACCCUUAAUUACCACGCCGUCCGUGUGCAAUGAGCCUUAUUGUAUAUAAAGAGCGCGCCUCAAGCUGUACCAGGCGGCGGUUUGAAUGUGAUAACACUGUCGCCCAACAAACAGACUUUUGAGUACAAAACAAAUAUAUUUAUUGUAACUGUUAAGUCCGACGAUGCAUUUAAUUUAACUUCCUAAGUAUUAUAAGUCGCUUCACGCGAUGUGAAAUAGGCAAAGAGCUGGCGAAUGUUCUUAUUUAUAGAGACGCUUACUUAAUAUAGAUCUGAUUUAUUUUUGAUCAUUCCUUGUAUGUAGGUUGGAAAUUUUUGGAGCUAUUGAUAUACAUGUAUUGAUUUGGUUUAGUUUGUAACGUGAUGUUUCGGCUCUGUACUUAAUAUUGUGUAAAUUUAAUUAAUUUCUCUUUAAUGUACGUAUGUUUGUGUCACUGUUUCGAUUCGAGCGUGUAAUGUUUUCGAAUUGUAUGGUGAAUGUUAUAAUGUUUUGAUUAAAUCUCGUUUUAUAACAAAUGACUAGUGUCGGAGAGAUGACGCUAUACAGACUGAUCUUAUAAUAAAGACAUUCGAUUACGUG